CAAACAUUAUUGCUCCUCGUACUCGUGUGGCCACACUCCUUCCCUGAGCCACGUUGUUGUGCGUAGGUGCGGUGCGCGGUGCGUCGGAGGCACUGCAACAUCCAGACAACCCUCAGCUGCGACCUUCAUUCACUCCCUGGUCGUUUGUUCUCCCACUUUCUUUGAAAACACCUACACUCCUUUGAACGCCAACCCACAGUCUCUUCGCCGAUUAAUCGCACCCAUCUCAUCCCUUUCAAGGCCCGAAUUUCCACCUCAGGAAUCGCUGCUCGCUUCUUUGCCAGAAGACAAACCACCUCUCCCUCGCUCCACGAUCUCAUCGAUCCGCUCCUCGGGCAUCUGUUCAACCUCGCAGAUUAUCAAAAUCGUGACGACAGUGCGGGCUCCAUUGCCACUGACACCUUUAUCACCUCGCCGAACUCGAGCUCCCUCCUUCCAUCGAUUUAGAGCUCGUCAGGAAUGAUGGUGGUUCGGAUCUAGCAGCAAUCUCGUCCCCUGGGCGUCACACCUACGACCCUUGAACAGUCAAAGUUUCUGACACACAGUCAAUAUUCAACGCUCGUUUGCACUCCUUUCGUUCCUGCCGUGGAGCAACUCAGCGCUGUUGCUCUCUCCUCUCUACACCCACCAUGGCUGCCAACGAGUACUAUCAAGAGCCUCAUAUGGCUCAAUCGUCACAGUCAACCCGACCGCAAAAUGAAAGACCGCUCUCGCAUAUCGCUUUCGUUUAUAAUCCUAAACACGGCUCCUCCAGCCUCGAUCAGUCACGGCUCUCUCAAGCCUACAACGCGAGACCGAUGUCUAAUUUCUAUGAACCCUAUGACCCCACGAGACAGUCUGUACAUUCGGACUCGAUACCGCUGAAGCACCAGUCAAGAAUUAAUACAAAUCAAGAUGGGUCUGACUGGCGGAAUCAGUCCACACAAUAUCCUCCCUCUCCCGACUCAAAUUCGCCACAGUUACUGCCAGAUUCAAAAGGGAGGAGGAAGAUGGAGGGAUCAUUUGCAAACUUUUUUAAGGGGAAGAUACCAUGGGUUGUGUACACCCUAAGUUUGAUACAGAUUACGGUUUUUGUUGUCGAAAUAAUUAAGAAUUCGAUCAUUACAGGUUCCCCCAUUAUGAUCAAACCGCAAUUUAAUCCGAUGAUUGGUCCUUCGACUUAUGUGCAGAUUAAUAUGGGUGCUCGAUUUGUGCCUUGUAUGCGGACCACUCCUGGAGUUCAAGACAGCCCCGAUCCUCCUACCUGGCCAUGCCCUAAUACCACUACAUCCGAUCCGAACUCACCGAGCAACCACUGCGAUCUCAAAGCCCUGUGCGGCUUUUCUGGUUUCAAUGACGAACAUCCGAAUCAAUGGUUUCGAUUCAUCAUCCCCAUGUUUCUGCAUGCUGGGCUCAUUCAUAUUGCAUUCAACUUACUUUUGCAACUCACCAUGGGGCGUGAAAUGGAAAAAGCAAUCGGCAGCAUUCGGUUUGCCAUUGUCUAUUUCAGCUCGGGCAUCUUUGGUUUCGUCUUGGGAGGGAACUUUGCAGCCACAGCUAUUGCAUCGACUGGAGCAUCGGGCUGUCUUUUCGGCAUUCUUGCUUUGGUUCUUCUGGACUUGAUCUAUGGCUGGAACGAACGACGUCACCCUGUCAAAGAUUUGAUGUGGAUUAUGGUAGAUAUCAUCAUCUCCUUCGUUCUGGGACUGUUGCCCGGCCUCGACAACUUCUCUCACAUCGGAGGCUUCCUGAUGGGUCUUGCGGCGGGAAUCUGCCUCCUCCAUUCUCCCAACGUCCUUCGCCAGCGCAUCGGCGAAUCUACCAGCCUCAACACGAGCUCCUACCGAAACGUUGGUUCAGAAGCAGAUGUGAGUGUCAACCCCAAGGAUCCCAUGCUGGCUCAUUCAUCGUCAUCUCCGAUUGCUCCCAGAGCCGGACCGGCCGCGACGGCCGCGCCAGCCAAUGUGGCUGCCUUUGCCAAACAACCGGUCGGAUUCUUCAAAGGACGAAAGCCCUUGUGGUGGGCAUGGUGGCUGUUUCGAUUAGGGGCAUUGAUCGGCGUCCUGGUGGCAUUCAUUGUGCUUCUCAACAACUUUUACAAGUACCGCGACACGUGUUCAUGGUGCAAGUAUCUGAGUUGCCUGCCAAUCAACAACUGGUGCGAGAUCGGGAAUUUGCAGCUGAGCAACUCGACGAGCAAUUCCACGAAUUUGAGUCGGAGAGCAGGGCUGUUGUUGAUCGAUGAAUGGGAGGCAAGAGGGUUGAAUAUGAUAUGAGACAUGAAGUUGCUUUGAAGCGAGAAUUAAAAGGUCUCUUUGGCAUAGGCGAGAGUAUGAGAUUCAUUCAUUCAUUCAUUAUGACCUAGUCCAACAGCACUACGGGGCAAUUCGAGGGGAUCUCAACUUUCUGGUUGUGCCCAGCAAAGCUCCUUCUUUAACGUGAUACAAAGGGCAGCAGCUCUGGGUUUCGACUGCGCC